CUGUACUAUUAUGUUUUCCUACACUUGAUUCCUUUGACUAAAUAGCCCCAGGACUUGCACGCGGACGAGUGGACGGAGAAGAAAUGAACGCACCACAUGAGUAUACAGGGCCAGAGCCGGUCAACUGGGAAUCAAAGGCGGAAGAGCUUGUUCAGUCCUUCAUCACAGAGGAGAAGAAUGUUUUUAGGAGAAAUCACGGGGAAAUCCCUCAGCUGGGCGACGAACACAUUGUUCGUAUCGAUGGGGCGGUCUCGAAUCCAAUAAACCUCACGAUCCAUGAACUGGCCAAUAAGUUCAAGCAAGCCACAAUCACAUCCGCUCUCCAAUGUGCGGGGAAUCGCCGUCAUACUAUGCGAACGGAGCUGCACGAGGUCCAAGGGAUCGACUGGUUUGACGGCGCAGUCAUGAACGGUGUUUGGACGGGACCACGAAUCCGAGAUGUACUACUCAAAGUAGGCCUUGAUCAAAAGGCUCAAGAGGAGAUGGGGUCGUGGCACGUCCAGUUUGCCUGUCUAGGGUUCGACUGCCAGGACGAUUCAUAUUAUGGAUCGAGCAUUUCGCUGGCAAGAGCUAUGGAUUAUGGAAAGGAUGCUAUUCUCGCACUUCAACUGAAUGGCAAACCCUUGCUGGCGGAUUUCGGUGGACCGGUUCGUGUCCUCAUCCCUGGUGUGUGUGGAGCAAGAUCCGUCAAAUGGGUGAGCCAGAUCACCGUGACGGAUCAGUCAUCACCCAAUUUCUAUCAAACGUUCGACUACAAAGUACUUCCACCGGAAGCCACGGGUGAAAACGCCCAUCUAUUCUGGGAUAAAGUGCCUCCGCUCAUGGGACUUCCCGUCAACUCAGCAAUUGCCCUCCCGAGAAAUGGAUCCACCGUCCAUCGGGACAUAGAUGGGCUUAUUGAGGUCAAAGGAUAUGCGGUUCCAGGCGGGGAUAACGGACCGAUCACGAAGGUUGAAAUCAGCGUUGACGACGGCAACUCAUGGCAGGAGGCGCAAAUCACUUGUCCAAGCCCGUCCAGGUGGUGUUGGAGCUUAUGGCAAGCGAGAGUGUCUCCGAACCCCGGAAAAGUUACCAUCCUAAGUCGGGCCCAUGACCAACGGGAUAUGCAAGACGGCAAUUCGGUGUGGAAUUUAAGGGGCGUCGCGUACAGUGGAUAUGGUCAAGCGAAGGAUAUCCACAUCGUGGAAUGAUGGAUAGAAGAACCUCUCCUCACUCGCCUUCAUCUUGUUAACGCAAAUGGGCGGUCGACAACAUCUUCAAUCAAUAGACGUACGAUACGUAAAC